AUGGUUCGCUUUACCGUUACCUCCCUCCUCUCCCUCGCCGCCGUCGCCGGUGCUUGGGAGUCCCCCACCUACUCCGGCUGGACGCGAGUCUGGCAAGAUACCUUCUCCGGUUCGGGGGGUUCGUCUCCUAACACUGGCAACUGGAACAUCAUAACUGGUGACCUCGGCGUCAACGCCGAGCUCCAGGUAUACACCAGCUCAAGUGCCAACGUCCAGCUCAGUGGUGGCCAGACCCUGCAACUCGUGCCAUGGAAGGACUCCUCCAAGCCCAAGGGGUGGACCUCGGGUCGCAUCGAGAGCAAGUAUACCUUCACCCCGGCCAACGGCAAGAUUACCCGUAUCGAGGCCCAGAUCAUGUUUGGCGAUAGCGCUAUUGCCAACAAGCAAGGCAUCUGGCCCGCGUUUUGGAUGCUCGGAAACAGCAUGCGCAACGGCGUGGGCUGGCCUGCUUGCGGUGAGAUUGACAUCAUGGAGACGGUCAACGGUCUCCUGACGGGCUAUGGUACCAUCCACUGCGAUGUCUACCCCGGGGGAAUCUGCAACGAGGGUGCUGGAAUUGCCGGCACGACGAGCAUCCCUAACCAGAGCUGGCACACAUGGCGUGUGGAGAUCGACCGUCGCAACUCAAACUACCUGAGCCAGACCAUCACAUGGUAUCUCGAUGGAAACCAGUUCCAUCAGGUGAGCGGUUCGCGUAUCGGAAACACCAACGUUUGGUCGGCGCUUGCUCAGAGCUCCCUUUACAUCAUCUUUAACGUCGCAGUCGGCGGGACCUGGCCUGGCUACCCCAACGCCGCCACCCUGGAUGGCUAUGGCUCUCGCCAGGAGGUUGGCUACGUGGCUCACUACACGUCCAACUAG